AUGCGCCCAUUCGCUCUCUCUGCUGCCGUUUUUGCGGCCACCGCCCUCAGUCAAAAGAAUGGGAAGGAAACGGAAUGCGCAGAUGGAUUGUACAUGAUUGCUGCACGAGGCACCGGUGAGGACAAGGGAUCUGGCAGAAUCGGAGAGAUCGCAGAGGAUGUUGCCAAACGCGUCAAGGGCUCAAUCAUCAGCCCUCUUGACUAUCCCGCAACUCUUGAGGACCCAGGCUACUUCGAUUCCGAGGAAGCCGGCGUCAAGGCCCUGUCGACCGCCCUCGAUGGCUAUCACAGCUCAUGUCCCAACGGUAAAAUUGCCGUGUUUGGCUACUCUCAGGGUGGACAAGUUGCAAGUGAUGUCUUCUGCGGAGGAAGCGACAACAAGCCCUUGACCAUGAGUCUCGUCAAAGACAGCGGUGAGCAUCCCUGCAGGCAUCUAUUGCAGAUACAGAAACUAAAUGAAGCAGUUGUUGCGGUCAUCGUGUUCGGCGACCCAAGCCACGUGGCAAACUUGACGUACGACAGGGGCAAUAGCAAAAACGACGGACUCUUCGAACGCAACAACACAAAGUUGUGCGAGGACAACUACAGCGACAUCAUCCGCUCGUACUGUGACACAGGCGAUAAGUACUGCGAUCUGGGUAACAACAACGAGACCCAUGGUAGUUACUUUGAGAAGUACGGUAAAGAGGUGGUCGAUUUUGUCGUUGAGCGGUAUGAGAAGGCGCUGAAAGAGGAGAGUACAUCAACACAAACUAGCACGGCUACAGCUACUGCUGAGACAAGUGGUUCCGCAACAUCUACUGAUGCACCGGUGACCGCUACAGUUGCUCCAGGCAAUGCUGCGGCGGGAUUGGUACCUGGUCUUGUCCUGGCUAUGAUACCCCUGGCUUUGGCCAUGUCGGAGUUUCUUUAUUAG